ACCAAUCAGAAUCGAUGUUGCCGUUUAAAAGCGGGAAAUCCAAAACGAUAAUAAACUGUUUGCAUUUGGAAGAGACGAGAAAAGCAGAGACAGAGACACUGAACAGUGCUGAAGCGUCACUUCACCGUGUGAUCAUGGAUGCCAUGAUUUAUCUUGGUCAAGAAAAUGACAGACUCUCUGCUUCAUCUAUUAAAUCACGCCAGAGGCUUCAGUCUGCACCUGAGCGGCUAUCAAAAACUCCAAAGCUGAGGCCAGUAGGUUCUGCUCUAUCAGGUCGGAAAGCUUUGGGAGCAGUCAACAAGAUUGUAGCAACACCAGCAGCCUCGCAGAAAGCUGAAGCUCUAAAUAAACCACUUGGAACUCAGAAGUGUAAAGUGGCCCAAAAGCCCACUGGUCAGGACUACCCAGAGAUUGAGAAGUGCUUCCCAUACAACCCAAGUGACUUUGAAAUAUACACUGUACCUGAGGAAGUCUGCCUGAGUCGACUUUCACUGGCUGGUUUGGCAAAACAGUGGCCUGCAACAGAGUUUGAAGAUUUCACUGUGGAGCCAUGUUUGCCACUGUCUCCACUCAAGAUGCCCUCAGAAAACUGCAGAGAUGAGCUAGAGGCAUUCCUAGAAGCCGUCAAUGAGUUAACUGUGGAUUUACCCCCUGAAUGUUGACCAGUGAUGGCAUUUUUUGGACUUCUUUUGUAAUACUUGUUUUAUGUUUUAUUCUGUAAUAAAAACGUUUGUUUUAAA